UCUUCUCUCAAACUCUGCGAUUUCUCCGAAACAGAUUUCCAAAACCCCUCACACCCAUCUUUCUAUUUUCCUCUUUUAGCAUCAACCUCAUCUCCAUCGCUCGCCUUCUGCAUUUUCUUCAGCAGGGAAAUCAUCCAAAAGAUGGGCAGCCAGUGGUCAUGAAGCUUGCCAAGUUUGGAUUUUCUAUUCGCCAUCGACGUACCAUUGCUUCUGUUCCCAAGAAUAUGAAUCCAAAUGAUGUUACCCUAGAGAAAGCAUUGGAGUUUUUGUCAAGUAAAAAUGUAAGACAAUCUGGCCGACCUAAGAACAAACCGAAGGUUGAAGAAGCUAUGGAGGUGCUAUAGCCCUAGCAACCAUGAGGACAUCAAAGCUUUUGCAAUGACUGAUACUAGUAUACAAGCUUCUUCGUCCCUGACUUUUGCAUCUGGAGAUUAUUUUAACAGCAGAUGAGGGAUGGCAAUGGACUCUGGUAUUUGACAAUCCUUCUUGAUUAUAGAAGAUUUUGGUCCCUACUAAAUGAGUUUGGGAUGUCUUCUUAACUAUUGGGGAUUCAGGGGAUUCGACUGUAAGUUUAGAACAAGCUUCAUAUUUGGCAUAUAGACAUGCUAUUUUUUCAUUAAGAUAGUGCAGAUAUAGGAUACUUGUACAUCGUAAAUUUAUCUUUUUACCCGAAACCAGGGGAAAAAAAGAGUUCUCUAGAAAUGGAAAACUGUAACAUUGGAUAAGACCUUUGUUUGUUAUACAUUUGCAUGAAAUAAUUCACCAUUCUUUGUUGUGAGCAUUCACAUAUACUCUGGUUUAUGAUUAUAGGAUUUCACUUUUAGAAGUACAUACAAGUGCAUCUGACAUGGCAAAAAUUUUAUCCAUGUCAUCACUUUUUGAAAUUUUGCUCUCCACGUCAUAAAAAAAAAUAUAAAAAAUGCCACGUAAACAAGGUUAACGGCCCAAAUUAACAGAAAGACUAACGGAGUGUAUUUCGUAUAGUUGAGGGAUCAAAAAAGUGCAAAAAAUUGUUGAGGGACCAAAAAUGUUCAUUUCUUAAAGUUAAGGGACCAAAUUAAGCAUUUAACCAUAAUAAAAUGCAGUUAUUUUU